AUGGAAGGGGGAUUCAGGAGCAUAAUGCAUUUAAGCUAUCGCGACUAUAGCUCGGUGCCGGAGGAGCUUCGUGCCGAGGGGUGUGAAGCGAUUGACGAAAUUUACCUUAAGGCAAACUUGAUCCGUUCCAUUCCCGAUUGGUUUUUCCCGAAAAUGACUCAUUUGAGAUUUCUGUGUCUAGCGGGGAACAUGAUCGAAAACGUUCCCAACCAGAUUGGUCACUUGGAGUGCCUAGAGUCGUUAGAUCUAUCGGAAAAUGACCUUCAUCGGUUACCUCCUUCGUUGGGCCUGUUGAAUAAAUUAACUAAGCUGCUGCUGAAUGGAAAUUUCCUACAUCGCCUGCCUCCAGAAAUCGGACAUUUGAACAAUCUGCAGGUGCUCGAUAUUCGCAAAAAUCGCUUGACGUAUGUUCCUAUAGAACUGUCUCAGUGUAGUUCACUCGAAGAUCUCCUAAUGGACGACAAUCUUGGACUGGUGUCAAUUCCAACUCGGUUGUUCAAUCUACCCGCGUUGUGCUAUGUCUCCGCCGAACGAUGCAACCUGUUCCAGCUGCCAUUUAACAUCAACACGUCCACCUUACGCUUUGUGCUACUGUUCAGCAACAAUCACUGUCUGACGCACUGCCCGCUUGCUCUGGAACGCUUUGCGCUUCCCGACUACGACGCACUCAAGGACAAGAUGAAGCGCAUUCGGAACCCAAGCUGCUAUCGACGGAUAAAUUGUUCCCCUGUUCCGUACUGCCUUAACUUCCCAUCUGAGCUAAUAAAGAUGAAAAGUAGGCAUGCCCUGACAAUUCGACCAUACACGCUACUGGAAGCAGCCUUGCGUGCAUGUGCUGGAUUCGGAGUGCCAGUUGAGUUACUGAUGAAAUUCAACCUGCCUCAUUGCCUUAAGUUACGACUAACCUACGGUCCGGUGGCUUGUUGCACCAAUGCGUCAUGUGGACGAGAAAUAUUCACCGAAGGAGUUUUGAUGUUACUUAAGAGAAGAGAAUAUGCGAGAAACUUCGUCUUGAGUGCCUUGUUUUGCUCAAAGCUUUGUGCGGAUGGUUGGUUUCAGUACAACUGCAGUACCUACGAGGAACUUCCUUGGAACAUUCCGGUUUAG